AUGCGCCUCUCAUUGCACGGCUUGACAUCUUCUGACUUUUCAGGUGCCCUCUCUGGGUUUGGGGGAGCGAUCUUGUUACAGCCUCUCGACCUCCUGAAGACCAGGAUUCAACAAGGAGAUUCUGCUUUGAAUGCCGGCAACACAACUAUUAUAUGGCGUACGACUAAGGAUAUUAUCCGGAACGAAGGCAUAAAAGGGUUAUGGACGGGUACAAGUGCCACAUUGGUUCGCAAUGUUCCAGGAGUGGCCCUCUACUUUACGAGCCUGACUUAUCUACGUUCUAUCAUGGCAAAGUCGCCCUAUUUUUCCGCACACCAGCAGCACAACCGCGAUAGCUCUAAAACCGUCCUUCCGAAACUGUCUAGUCAGGGCAACCUCAUAGCAGGCGCGACCGCUCGAGUUGGAGUCGGAUUGAUCCUCAACCCAUUUUCUAUCUUGAAAGCGCGUUUUGAGAGUGAGUUGCAUGCAUACCGUAGUUUAUCCGGCUCGCUUCUUUCUAUCGCCCGUAUGGGACCGUCUGAACUUAUGCGCGGAUUUGUUGCGUCGUCGCUGCGGGAUGCACCAUAUGCCGGUCUGUUUGUCGUCAUAUAUGAGAGUAUUAAACGCGAGACAAAAUCUAACUCAUGUGUUCCAGCGUACUUCAUCCCAACAGCAUAUGCAGUAGGCAUACAUAGCUUCUCAGCAGCAUCUGCAGGUGCCGUCGCCACGAUGGCGACACACCCAUUUGACGUUAUAAAGACGAAAAUGCAAGUUCGUUCAGAAGACAAAUACCGUGGCUUCACUACAACUGUCAUGAGAAUUUUCAAGGCUGUUGUAUUCUCAUCACUCAAUUCACAGCAACGUGGUGCAGCCGGUUUUUUCGAUGGUGCAUCUCUCCGCAUGUCUAGGAAAAUCCUCAGCUCGGCAAUUGGAUGGGCUGUAUUUGAAGGAAUGCUGCUCUUCAUGCAAACGUGA